UUAAGCUAAGAAGCUAAGUCGUUAGCAAUCAGUUAAGUAACGUUACAAUUUAUAGUUACAAACAGCAAUAUCCAGCAAUUUGGCUGUCUCCAACCUUUUCACCUGACUAUACACUUUACAAGACGGAGUGAAAAUGGCUACAGCUUCAUUUUAUCGCAUAUUUAUGUUCGCUCUGACCUGAACAUACUUGUGCUAACGUUAGCUUGUUAGCAAUCUUGGUUGUUUACUGCACCGGCCCCAAAACUGAGGCUCUGCACGGACCCCCACUCUCAAUCCAGCUGAUUUAAGGAGUAUCACACGCUUAAGAGAUGUUCCUGGUGGGGCUGACGGGAGGUAUCGCCUCAGGGAAAAGCACAGUGUCUUCAAUGCUGCGGGAGCUUGGCUGCCCCAUUAUCGAUGCCGAUGUUGUGGCCAGAAAAGUUGUGGAGCCGCACACUCCCGCCUAUUCCCGCAUCGUCUACCACUUCGGGCCAGAGAUCCUGCUCGAGAACGGUGAGAUCGACAGGCAGAAGCUGGGCCAGCUCAUCUUUGCCAACGAAGAAAAGAGGAAGCUGCUGAACUCCAUCACCCACCCAGAGAUCCACAGAGCAAUGCUCAAAGAGAUCCUGUUCUACUUUCUCAGAGGGUACCGCUACGUGGUGCUGGAUGUCCCCCUUCUCUUUGAAACCAGACGUCUCACUCAGUUUCUAAACCACACUGUAGUAGUUUACUGUGACCCUGCCACUCAGCUUUUGCGCCUAAUGCAGAGGGACGGCCUGACCCAGGAGCAGGCCGAGCAGCGCGUGGCCGCACAAAUGCCGCUCAACGAAAAGCGCGGCUUGGCCAAUCACGUUAUCGAGAACUCGGGCAGCCGCGAGGACACCCACCGGCAGGUCCUGCGAUUGCACACAAAGCUGGAGGACUCCAUGGACUUCCUCCUAGUGAGGGUCAUUGCCAUCGCUGCCACUACCAGCCUGGGUGGGAUCCUGCUGUACGCAGCCAAGAUACUUUUGUCCUAACAGAGGACGGAUGAGGAGGAAGACAGAGUUUGGUCCAGGAUGCGGUCAGGUAUGAGGGUGUGAGUAGAAGCAGGCGAAGGCACGUCGGGAGGUCCCGAUGCAAUUUACUGUGAGAUUAGUUUCACAGCACCCACCUCUACAGUUCAGCGGUGUGACGUGCUCUGUUUGCAGUUAACACUGACUUACGUUAUUGACACAACAUGCACUGACAAAUGUAAUUGGUGUGAAGGGUUUAAAUGUGCAAUUUCAGUUGGUUUUACUUGUUAAAAGACGUUAAAAACAUUAAGGUGAUUCCAUAAAGGCUGCGUUGCUGUACAAGCUUCCCGAUGCUCUCAACAGUGAAUCAGUUUGAGAUCUAAAAGCUGGUUAAACUUUUAUUUUUUGCACAGCUGUCAACUCAUAACUAACAUCAGUUUUAAAAAAAAAGUAAAAACUGAUCAUGUAGAAACUGAGAGAUUUUAUUAAUUUGCUUACACCUUCUACAAAGAUAUCCAAAUUAGAAAUUUUGGGUGAUAGCGGUGAUGAAAACACCAGACCCUUGAGCGAGCAACGGAAGAAGUAAACGUCUGUACAUUCUUGACAACGUUAGAUGUGCAGAAGUCACUAUGGUUUCUAUUUUAUUUUCACUUAUUUGCAGUUUAAAACUUCAACUUUUAGUACAAAACACCACAUGUAUCCCCAGUGAUGAAUAUAUUUAAAUAAGAUAGAAUAUUCAUCAUAGAAAAUGUAAUAAAAUGCCCCAAAAUGAAUGAUGUGAGGCUCACAGAAAAUGUAAUGAUUGUAUACUAACGACCUGUAUAAUGAAGAUAGGUGACAGAAUGUAUUUGACAAUCCAUUUUUAAUGGGAACAGAGUGAAUUUACAUGAAUUAACAGACUUUAUAUAUGUCACUGUAUUUUCUUACACUUGAAGCUGCCCUCUGUAAAUACUGUGGUUUUUGUUUUUCUGUGCACAUCCACUUGUAACUAAAACACAUUUGUAACAUUAGCCGCUUAACUGAAACAUAAAUGAUCAA